UGCUCUUGAUUAAUUUGGAAUCUGGUAAUGUGUUAUGGAUCCUUUCUCUCUUUCUUUUUUUUUUUUUUCCUUUUCGACUCUUCCUAUGGAUUUUGAUUCUGUCUCUGGUCUUCUAUUUCUAAAAGUUCAUACACAGACACACCAUCAGACCAUCUACUCUCUUCAUCACUGUAAUCCUUCUUUCGUCGGCAAGGUAUCACUGUAGGUAAAAUCCCUAAUUCUUUCUCUAUUUUUUCUCCUCAUACUGUAUUUUGAAAGUGAAUCAAUGCUUUGAUUUCUUCAUUGAAAUUGAACUCAAAAGACAGUGUGCAUUUUUCACUCUUAUUUCUCUCCCCAAACAGAUUCCUUUACCUCUGCUUCAACCAUUCAUUACCGACAAAUCUUCUUCUUCUUCUCCUUAGAACCAGUAAAUCUCAUCCAAGCUUUCACCUUUCCCCUCAUCUCCGAUUUCUCCUUCCAUUUUCGAUUUUUCCUCUCAUCUUCAAUCUUUGAUUCAAGACAAGAUCGGAGGAGGCCAGAGGUGAGUGAAUGUCAAAAACAGUGAAGAUGUGCCCAGAUCUACAGAUCGGUGAUGGUGGUGGUGAUGAUAGUGCACAGAUCUACAGAUCGGUGAUGGUGGUGGUGACAAUAAUGCUAUCACCAUUCCCCUCAUCUCCGAUUUCUCCUUCCAUUUUCGAUUUUUCAAAGAAGCGGUUCAAGAGGGCUGUCGACGUGAUUUUUGGAGAUGGAGUUCGGCAUCUGGCUACAACCAACUCGUCCGACGGCGACAAAAAUCGAGCUGCUGAACACUCCCAACAUUUUCUAUAUGCAAGACAAGACCCACACAUGAAGAAUGAGUUGAAUGAUGGUCCCAAUGCUCCUGGAUUUCCUGCUUGCAUAGAUUGGGAAAAUAUGUAUGGCCGUAAAGCUGAUGGUGAACUUGAUGAUAAUGGGCCUCUUUAUGUUGCCAUGGUCAAACGUGAGAUGGAAAUAUUGUUUGAAGAAUACAAGAGGUUGAAUUCCUCUACUGCGAAAUCAAGUGACCCUCAAUCAUUUGAUGAACAAGGAAGUAGCUCUACCUCUGCAACCAAUAUCCAAAGUGUGGCAGAUUCGAAAAAUAGAGUGCAAACAUCCGAAGUGAAAUCUGAUUACAAGAAAUUUAAAGCUGCCAAUGGUAGAAGGGCAGAAAAAACAGAGUUGGAGAAGUACUUGGCAGAAGAUUCUGAGGAUGAGAACGAAGAUAUUGAUGUUCUUCAGUGGUGGAAGAUGAAUGAGCAUAGAUUUCCAGUGUUAGCAACCAUGGCAAGAGAUGUCUUGGCUGUUCCAAUAUCUACUAUUGCUUCUAAAUCAGCAUUCAGUAGUGGAGGUCAAGUCCUUGAUGCUUUUCGAUCGUCAUUGACACCAAGAAUGGCACAAGCUCUCAUUUGUGCACAAGAUUGGUUGAGAGAUAAGGCUGUUUCUGAUAUGGAGGAGGAGGAUUUGGACACACUGGAUAGUUUAGAGAAAUGUUACUUCAAAAGCUAUUUUGGAUGCUCAAAAGAGAGAGAUGGUUAUGUGAAGUGGUUUGCUGGAAAUGUGGCUUCAGGGAGUGUUGCUGGGGCAACUACAUCGUUGUUGCUAUAUCAUUUGGAUUAUGCACGUACCAGGCUUGGCACUGAUGCAAUACAAUGCCCAAUUAAUGGCCAAUGACAAUUCAAAGGGCUUUUGGAUGUCACCAUUGUUUCUGGGGUGUGUGCCUAUCCCUUUGAGUCUUUGACACAGUUUGACGACGAAUGAUGUUGUCUUUUUUUUGGACUUAUGAAAUGUAAUAGUUUUAUUAACUUUGUUACUUUGGAUAUUUGGUCAAGAUAUUUGGUCAAAAUAUCCAAAUCAUAAAAUUAAAGAAAAUGAAUCACAGCAU